AUGACUACAGCUCAUAGGCCUACUUUUGAUCCUGCGCAAGGAAAGGAAGCCCUCCGGGGACCAGCAUAUCACCAGCGCCUACUUCCCGCACAUACCCUCUUAAAAGUCCGACAACCCGGGCAAGGUGGCGAUGCUGAUAAGGAAGUUCGCGAUCUGCGCGCCGAGCUCUUGAAGGCUGAAGCUGCGCACUUUGCCAAGAAGAAUGGUACACCAGUCGAGGAAGCUACAUCCACAGAAUCUGCAACUCCCAAGCGUUUCCUAGAGGGUGCGCCUGCCAGCGCAGACGGCGAGCUCGAUGAAGACCCAGAAGCUGAACGACGACGCAUAUUGGAAGAGACCCGAGAUAUUGACGCGGAUUCCGACGGGUCGGAGGAGGACAGUAGUGAAGAGGAAGAUAGCGAUGAUGAGGACGAAGCAGCCGAGCUGAUGCGAGAAUUGGAGAAGAUCAAAAAAGAACGCCAAGCGCAAAAAGAAAAAGAGGAACAAGAACGAGCCGCACAAGAGCAAGAGCAACGGGAAGUGGAUAUCGCUCGAGGGAAUCCUCUUCUCAAUUCUCAAGACUUCAACCUUAAGCGCCGGUGGGAUGAUGACGUUGUUUUCAAAAAUCAAGCUCGGGGUACAGAGAAGAAGGAAGGGAAAGAGUUUGUCAAUGACCUGCUACGUUCCGACUUUCACAAAAGAUUCAUGUCAAAAUAUGUUCGUUAG